ACGUCACAUGAACAAACCGGAAAUAAGAUCUAACCGCAGAUCCGCUUUUCAGAAAGUGAUGAUAACAAUAUCAAUUGACGGCGAUAUCUAUGAACUUUUAAGGUAUUCAGCUAAUCUAGCCGGUUGAUUUUAUUUUUGGCGUUUUAUUCUGUUUUUAUUCUAUUUUUAUGUCAGUGAGAGGAAAAUGUGUAGCUCCUUUUAAGGCAUGUUGACUCCCUGCCAGAUUAUAACUGUCCUCGUAAAAAUUGCAACAUGAUUCAGUAAUCAUUCCCCUCGGCAUUUAAUCAUAAACCCAACUACACUAGGGAUUGAGGUGCGUCAUAUAGUAAUUUUGCUGGAGUUAUUUCUCGGCACCUCACCAGAAGCGGUACAGGUGUUCUCAUUUUUAAUAUUCGAAUAACUAAAGCGACGUUUUGCAGUCUUUAAUGAAAUAGCACACACUGAGAUGCAUUGUGCAGUGCCAUAAGGAUCCCCAAACACUGAAAGAAGUUAUAAAUAUGAUACCCAGGAGCGCUGCCCUGUCCUGUCCUGCAGUAUCGCUGUCCAACGGACUCGACAUUCCCAUCCUGGGUUUAGGUACAUCUCAUCAUGGAGGCUACAGUCAUGAGGCAGUAGUGUACGCUCUACAGCAAUGUGGCAUAAGACAUAUAGACACAGCGAAGCGUUACGGUUGUGAAGAGGCAUUGGGGAAGGCUCUGGCUGAAAGUGGAGUACCACGAGAGGAAAUCUGGCUUACUACCAAACUGUGGCCUGGAGACUACGGCUACCAGAGCGCCAAACAAGCCUGCCGAGCCUCGUGUGCCAGACUUGGAGUAGAUUAUUUAGACCUGUUUCUGAUGCAUUGGCCCGAAGGCAUGGCUUCAGGUCGUUCUAACAGUGAGGUUCGAGCAGAGACGUGGAGAGCUCUGGAAGAUCUUUAUGAUGAAGGUUUGUGUCGUGCCAUCGGAGUUAGUAACUUUCUCACCUGUCACUUGAAUGAGUUGAAAGAUGUUGGUGGAGUUGUUCCUCAUGUUAACCAGGUGGAGUUUCAUCCUUUCCAGCAGCCAAUGGAGCUGCUUAAGUAUUGCCAAAAGGAGGGUAUUGUGUUUGAAGGCUACUGUCCUCUGGCCAAAGGUCAGGCACUCACCAACCCUGUGAUUCUUCAACUGGCCCAGAAAUACGGCCGCAGCGCAUCCCAAAUCUGCAUCCGCUGGAGCAUACAGAAUGGAGUUGUCACAAUUCCAAAGUCCACCAAACCAGCAAGAAUUCUUGAAAACUGUCAAGUGUUUGAGUUCAGGUUGGAUGAUUCAGACAUGGCAGCGAUAAGUUUGUUGCAUGAUGGGAGACAUGUAAGCUGGGACCCAACCCAUGUGGAAUGACCAUGAACAUUUCUAAGAAUACCACUUGCUCAGGUUUUUGGGUUCACACUUACAGAGGAGGAUAUGAAUCGAAUGAGGAGGUUACACACUAAUCAGAAACUAAUUCAUCUCACUUAUCCCAUCUGGAAAGGAUAACCUUAAGGGAUUUGCUUUUCGGAUAUAUGGUACUCUUUUAAAAUCCAUGAUCUGAUCUUACUAGAGGCUGUUGUUUAUCAAAGCGAUCAUUUCAGUGCAGGGGAUUUUUUUCUGAAUGCUGCUGAUGUCACACGUGCCUUUUUAAAUGACAGCGAAUUGUGUUGUUUAAUCAUGUUGUAAUGAAACUGGAGUGGAAGUCUAGGGACAAGACAUUUGGGAUGUUUAGCAGAAAUGCAAAGCUCAUAUAUGUUGAAAUGUUUAUAUGAAAUCCAAGUUUUUUCAAUAAAGUUUGAUCUGUAAAGUUAUACAAAUAA